AACAGCAGUAGUAGUAGUGGUAGCAGCAGUAGUAACAGCAGUAGUAGUAACAGCAGUAGUAGUAGUGGUAGCAGCAGUAGUAACAGCAGUAGUAGUAACAGCAGUAGUAGUAGUGGUAGCAGCAGUAGUAACAGCAGUAGUAGUAACAGCAGUAGUAGUAGUGGUAGCAGCAGUAGUAACAGCAGUAGUAGUAACAGCAGUAGUAGUAGUGGUAGCAGCAGCAGCAGCAGCAGUAGUAGUGGUAGCAGCAGUAGUAACAGCAGUAGUAGUAACAGCAGUAGUAGUAGUGGUAGCAGCAGCAGCAGCAGUAGUAGUAGUGGUAGCAGCAGCAGCAGUAGUAGUAGUGGUAGUAGCAGCAGCAGCAGCAGUAGUAGUGGUAGCAGCAGUAGUGGUAGCAGCAGCAGCAGCAGUAGUGGUAGCAGCAGCAGCAGCAGUAGUAGUAGUGGUAGUAGUGGUAGCAGCAGUAGUAGUAGUAGUAGCAGUAGUAGUGGUAGUAGUAGUAGUAACAGCAGUAGUAGUAGUGGUAGCAGCAGCAGCAGCAGCAGUAGUAGUGGUAGUAGUGGUAGCAGCAGUAGUAGUAGUAGUAGCAGUAGUAGUGGUAGUAGUAGUAGUAACAGCAGUAGUAGUAGUGGUAGCAGCAGCAGCAGCAGUAGUAGUAGUGGUAGCAGCAGUAGUGGUAGCAGCAGUAGUAACAGCAGUAGUAGUAGUGGUAGCAGCAGCAGCAGCAGUAGUAGUAGUGGUAGCAGCAGUAGUGGUAGCAGCAGUAGUGGUAGCAGCAGUAGUAGUAGCAGCAGUAGUGGUAGCAGCAGUAGUGGUAGCAGCAGUAGUAGUAGUGGUAGCAGCAGUAGUGGUAGCAGCAGUAGUGGUAGCAGCAGUAGUAGUAGCAGCAGUAGUGGUAGCAGCAGCAGCAGCAGUAGUAGUAGUGGUAGCAGCAGUAGUAACAGCAGUAGUAGUAGCAGCAGUAGUAACAGCAGUAGUAGUAGCAGCAGUAGUGGUAGCAGCAGCAGCAGUAGUAGUAGUAGUAGUAGCAGCAGUAGUGGUAGCAGCAGCAGCAGUAGUAGUAGUAGUGGCAGCAGUAGUAGUAGUAGUGGUAGUAGUGGCAGCAGUAGUAGUAGU